AUGGAUGAUGCCUUUUGGGCAUAUAGAACGACUUUCAAAACUCCUAUUGGCACUACUCCUUACCGCUUGGUUUAUGGGAAGUCUUGUCAUCUUCCGGUCGAACUUGAGCAUCGUACCCAUUGGGCUAUCAAGAAAAUCAAUUUCGACUUGGCAAAUGCAGUUGAGCAACGUUGGCUUGAUCUCCAUGAGUUGGAAGAACUUCGAUUGGAUGCAUAUGAUCGUGCAAGCAUGUAUAAGACUCGCACUAAGAAAGUGCAUAAUAAACUUAUUGAGAAGAAGGAGUUUAAUGUUAGUGACAAGGUCCUCCUUUACAAUUCUAUGAUGAGAUUAUUUCCCGGGAAGCUAAUGUCUCGUUGGAGUGAUCCUUUUGUUGUUCAAGAGGUUUUUCCUAAUGGUGCGGUUGAAAUAUCUCCUUUUGAUUUCUAA